UUAUUGCCAGUUUCGAAAAAUUGGCGAAUUGGUUCUAAAACCAGUGGUGCCAAGAUCGCGCGUCAAUUCCCCUAGCCGAAUAAAAACAAGAGUAGUUUUAAGCCAGAAAGCCGCACAUUUAAACAAUUCGAAGCUCCUCCAGGACAAGUUUCCAUUUUAGUCCACCUAUGCCCAAAAGUGCCAUGUAGGAGCACCAGUUGGUGCAACUCCCCAAUUGAGGUUAGGUUCCGAUCAAUUUCCCACUUUCUCCCAAUGAUCUCAACCAAGAGCCAUUCCAAACCUUCCCACUCGAAAACCCCAGAGGAUGUCUCCCGAAACCGCAGUGCCAUCACCCGGUUUCACCCCUACCACGGCGAAAACAUAGUUUUGACUGAAGACAACACGGUGGCAUACCGGCGCAAAAGCUUCCACAACGGGCUCACCUUCAGCGAGCGCCCGCUAGCCCCCGGGGAAAUUUUCCUAGUGGAAAUCGAGGCGAACGAAGGGGGCUGGAGCGGCCACAUGCGUCUGGGGCUCACGCAGCUGAGCCCCUUGAUGAUAAGUCAGGACGGCGGGGCUAUGCCGCCCUACGCCCUCCCCGACCUGGUGGAGAGCUACAAUAAGGGGACGUCGUGGAUUUACGGCAUCAGCAAGGCGCAUAACAAAGCCUUCGAGUAUAGGAGCAUGAAUGUGAAGGAGAACAAGCCUAAGUAUGUCUUGGCGGAUAGUGAUAUGUUUAGGACUAGGUUUGGGAACGUGCCAAUGAGUCUCUUGAGACCUUCGAGGCCUAACAAGGACGAUAUUUUGCCCACGGAUGUUGGGAGUAGGAUAGGAGUUAUGUACAUACCAACGGAUUCCUAUGAGGCUGAUAUGCACUAUAUUAUCAAUGGGGAGGAUCAAGGGGUCUGCGUUAAACACAUUCCGUACAUGAAUGCGCCGUUGUAUGUUGUUGUUGAUGUUUAUGGGACGACGAAAAAAGUACGAAUUGUUCAAUUAUAUGGAGUUCCUACGUUACAAGCGGCUUGUCGGGACGCUAUUUUAUCGCAUAUUACGAAGAAAGCUGUGUCGUCACUACCUUUACCGAAUCUCCUCAAAAAAUACCUUUUGUAUCAGUCUUAAAUUAUUGCUCUCUGUAGCUGAUUUCGUUUAAUUGUAAAAAGAUAAGUUUAAUGUAUUACAUUUUUGGUUAAUUUCAAUAAAUACAGUUUUGCUACAA